GUUUUCAAGAUGGCCGACAAACUUCUGUGAAAGAGCUAUAUCUGGGCUCAACUUUGUCUUGAAAUGGUAGAAUCGUCCAUAGACAAUUCAAAGACCCCAGCAGCUCUUCUACACAAGCUAUGCUGUCGGCUUCUGGGAGAUGACAGUGAUUCAAUAGGUACAGUUGAGAAAUCAAUACGGUUUUUCGAUCGUUCGAAGUGAGACUAGUGUCAUGUCAUUUGUGAUAUCAAUAUUUCUUUCCAAUGCAGCCAAGUCGGCCGCGGUGUCCGAGCACUUUCAAUACGCUCUUAGAGUUGUGGGAAGGUAGGUAAUGCUGGGCAUGGUUUUUUUUGUUGGAUAACCAAAGAUCCCUGAAAAAGAAAAGAAAAAUAACUCAUCCCUAGUUGUACAAACUUUUGCAAAUUAACAUCUCUCGAUUUGUUCAUCGUCAAUAUCAGCAACCGACCUUUGUUCUGUGAUCAGUUACUUUUUUGCAAAGAUAAAACACAAAUUUAUAUACGGAAGUAGAAAUGUGGUUGGGAAAAGUGCAACACGGCUCUCUCAAACCUGCAGAAUGACCUGUCAUGACUGCCUUACUGAAAAGUUUGCAGUUCGUAGAGAAAUGCUCAUUUCAAAUUCACUAGGACCAAGGCAAUAAGAGAAGGUUUCUAAAGAUAUGGCCGCAAGUUACGCGUAAUUCAGGGUAGUUUGUACAGUUUUCAGGGUGAGUAGACAUACUGCCUUCUCAUCCAACUUGACACAAUCAGGCACGUCGGUUUUUUGUACUCAGAACUCGACUUGGGCAUAAGAACUUAAACGGAGAUUGAUUUUUGGGAUUGAUAGAUGGAAUUGUGGUUUUUUGUUGUUCUUGAAAAUAUCUAAGAGUAACUUAAUUUGUUUUAUCUUGCAACCUCGUUUCAGCCGUUUCACCCCAAGUAUAGCCACUGGUGAGUUUCGUGUUGUGGAAAGGAUAAAAAGAAAAUGUAAGAAUAUUUAUGAUCAUAUCUCUUCUCUGUUAACCAAAAUGAUGUUACAAUUUUAUUUCUGUAGGACAAUUUUUUUUGAGAGAAGAUUAACAAAGAUCAUCUAGAUUUUCUCUUGUAUGUUUUACUUAUUGAUUGCCCUUUCAUUUUUUUCAUGGAACUUUAGUGCUCAAAGAGAAAAGAGAAGUUGACAUUGCUAUUUUCUCAGAGUUAUGCCGCAAACUUGCCUCCCAGGUAAGAAUACAUGUUCUUUUCUUGACCAAUAAGUCUUCAUGAACGCGACUUACGACACUCAAAUGACAAACAACUCCCCAGUUGACUCUGAAAAUGACUUUCUCUCAGGUUGUUGAAACAUUAGUCUCUGUUCCUGUCAACAAUUGUUUUCCAAACUACUCUUACCUAGGCAAUAAGACUUCAUUGCAAACUGAAUGAAGGGGGUAAGUUUCUAAAGAAACUAUGGUUCUGUGUUCGUAAAUUGGACACAGUGAAGAGUUGAAAUGCUUGAAACAACAGCUUUGAAACUCAUUACGUUGGCCAAUUUAUGUUAAAUUACUAAAUUACCCCUUCAUUACAAUUAACUGUUACUCUUGGGUUCAAACUGGGGAUUAAACAAUACCAAUACCAAUGUUGAUACUAGGGAGAAGUGACAAUGCCUGCAACAUUGCAUAUGGCCCGUAUUCUUCUGGUCAUGGUGAAAGGCACUGAGCAGUCACCCACAAAUAACUUACCAGUUUUUAAUAGGGGUUUAUAUUGAUUGAAAUAUUUUAUUUGUUGUGGUUGAUUGAACCAAAGAGUACUGAACAACAAUGACCAUGUACAAUGCAAAAUGACCUUGUAUUUGGUUAAGCAGACCAUGUGACUUACACAUCAACCUACAAUGUCAUAGUAUCUUAAAGUGUAAAUUAAAUAAACAGGUAUUUACUCAUCCUUGUUUCAUAUCAUGUGCUGUUUUAUUUUUGUUUUCAGCCUGUUCUUCAAAACAGAUGGGCCAUCCUUUACUUCUUACUGAGUGUCAGUGAAAAUUCCUCUUGUGAUCAGUCACAUGGUCAGGUAAAAAGGAGUAACUUAUCUUGUAAGUAUAGGUAAUAACAUGAUUUCCAGGGAAAAUGGUGUUAAUAAGCAUGAGUGAAUUUUUCAAAGACAACAAAAUUUCUUGAGCCCUUAGGGUAAGUGCAGUUUGUAGUCUUAUUAUUAAAUCAAAUUACAGGAGAAAUCAUGUUAUUACUUGUGAAUAAUGUACAUGUAAAAACAUUGCAGAAAAGUCAAGACAGAUGAAAUUUUGAAAGCAUGUGCACACUGUUUGUAAUGUGCACUGGUGUUAUAACUUUACACUUGUAUUACAUGAAAAUGCACUCAUUUUCAGUCAAUCAGAAGUGCAUAAUUUUUUCGUGUACAUUAUUAAGUAGAUUAAUCAUUUGUAGAGACUUAACCCUUUUGCUGCCAAUAUCCUGAUGAAAUUCUUCCUUACUGUCUGUCAUAUAUUUUUUAUAAAGUUUGUUCUGUGGUUUGUUGUUGGAUCAAGUGAUGAUCCUUUAGUUGAUAUUUUCCACUUUCCUCAUCAGUUGUCUGCUUGAUAAUCAAUUGAUAUUGUAAGGAAAAAUUAUGUCUUGGUCUCUUAUGGGAGUUAAAAUGUUAAAAGUCUGGUGGUCCUUGCCUGCUUGAUUUGGACGUUAUUUUCACAGUGCUUCCUCACCAAGAAAUGUGAGCGAGCCUUGUUAAUGCAGCGUAAUCCUUAUAAGAUCAUAUGGACUCUACUUCAUUAGUGAAAGCUUGAGAAGGAUACCACAGAGAAAGUCUUUUAUAAGCAAACAAGAAGCAAUGUCAAGCUUCAGUGUUCAUUUUCAAGGAGGUAACCCUUGAGAACAUCUUGGCCAAGCAGAACUAGAGACCUAAAUCACAGUAUUUCAGUUUAUUUUCUCUUUUAGGUUGUCAUGCUGGUAGAUCAGGUUUGAUGUUGCAACAUUGUAUGACUGUGUGUAGCAUUAGUGAGAGUGAUUCUUUGUAGUCUGCAGGAGUACCAUCCUUCUUUUGUCAAGGGCUUCCAACCUACCAGACAUCCACCCCUGCGGUGUCAGCACAUCCAUCACUUGCUGCUUCUAGACAUACUCCUGGUGUUUUGUCCCUGACUCAUGCUACUAGCAGCAGCAGUGGCAUCAGUAGCAUUCCAUCAAGGUCAUCUGAUCGUACCCCUACGCCAUCAUCAUUUGCUCCAAACCUUGGACCAACUCCCUCAGUGCAUUUUGCAGAUGACAAAAGAACACAUCAGGAAAACGAUGGUUCUCUCUUGGCAAGCCUUGUGGUGCAGUCACUCAGUGUGACACAGAAUAAGGUGUCCAUCAAUGGACAACCAGGUUUUACUCCUGGAACUGGCAGUGUAUUACAAUUCAUGAGUUACGGGAAUGAUACCCACAAUAGUAAGUUCUACUCUUUCUUGGUAUGGAAUCAAUAUCAGUGCAACAAAUGAAAAACAGUUGUUUUAUUAGUCCACUCAAUAUAAGUGCUGAAUCAAACCUUAACAGUAGUGAUAUCGUUUGGAGAAAUUAGAUGCUUGUCACUCUUUAGAGUUAAAGAGCUAAGAGGGAAACAGUCUUGAACCCCUUAAUAUUGCUUUUGUUUCAAUUUUUUUUUGUACUUGCUCACCCUUAGAUGGAAAAAAAUAUUUUUUUAUAUUCAGCAUCACAUGAAGUAUCUGAAGCUGCCCUUCUUCGAGAGAUAAUCUACAUCUUUCAAGGAAUUGAAGGAAAAGUGAUCAAGCUUGACCAAACUAAUGAUGCAUACCGCAUUGAUUCCAAACUUGGAGUUCCCAAAGCUGUUAGGGAUCUUGUUAACAAGCUAGCUGAGCUUGGUUGGCUCUUCCGCAAGAUUCGCAAGUAUUUAGAUGCUCAUGCAGGUGACAAAGCUAUGGGGUUGGUUGGUCAGAGCUUCUGUGCAGCACUGCAGCAGGAACUCACAGAAUACUACAGAUUACUGGCUGUUCUCGAAGGGCAGCAUCAGGUCGGUGAUGCAGGGUUUGUGGGGGAAGGUGCUAGUGGAAGUUUGACCCUUCGCCGACUGAUGGUGUGGACAUAUGACCCUCUGAUGAGGCUGAGGACUCUUGCUGCAUUAGUUGAUGCUUGUAAAGGUAAGAGUUUAGAGCCAAAACUUUUUUUUGUAGGGAUGAACAUUAUUGGAAAAAUUGCAUAGAAAUUCUUUGUAGACCAAAAAUGUUGUCAACAGUAAGAAGCAGUCAGCAAGUCCCUAAGGACUGUUUCUUGUUCACAUAUCAAUAUUAAAACUUAUUUUAAGACUAGUAAUUGCAGUUCAAGGGAUGUCACAAAGUAUAAAACUGAUAUUCUUCUGUGUUAUCAAGGGGUAAUGUUGUAUAGAGAACUAGAUUCUAGUCAAAAGGUUAAGUACUGAAUUCUAUUCACAGGCAAGAAAGGUGGAGCCUUAUUAUCAGCACUUCACUCUAACAUGCAACAUGGUGAUCCCUUUGUCAAGUCACUUGUCAGACACACCCUUAAUUUGGUAUGUAUGCAUGUACGGUAAAUUUAUCCUUCUUGGUACAGCUGUAGAUUAUUUAGCGUAAGGAGCAACUUUGUUAAUGUUUUCUAUGAAAAUUUUAGUUUAAUUUUGCAUGUAAUUAACCCUUUAACUCCUAAGAUCUCACUAGUAAUUUUCCUUACUGUCUGCUGUAUGGUUCUUGCAAUGUUAGUUUCGAGAAUUUGGUAUUGGAUCGACUAAUAAUCCCCUAAUUAAUAUUUUUCUUUAUUCUCAUCACUUAUCUGGUUGAUAUUGUAUUGAUAUUGUAAGGAGAAAUUCUGUCUUGGUCACUCAUGGGAGUUAAAGGGUUAAAAAGUAACUACCCACUCCAAAGUUAUCUGAUGGCACAGGUGACUUUUGAAAGCUGGUUCACUAACUUAGAACAGACUUCCUUCAACAGUUGUCUCCAUACAAGUGAAUUAUUUGCCCCAUUUACUUUACAAAGGAACCCAACAGUAUGACCUCAAUUGAGUCUUUACCAAUUAUAUCCAAAACCAAUCAAUCAUGAUCACUUGACUGACAACUCUUUGCUUAAUCACUAAUUGAAAUGUCAGUCACCACAACUGACAACAGUCCUUCUCAAUUAUAUCACAAUCGUUAAAAAAUACCUCAAUAUACAAUUUCUUUCUAAAAGAAUUUAAUUUAAUACACCCAUUUUACCUUAGUUAUUUCUUCAUCCAUGAAAAUCUUAUUUCCACAAAUCAAAUCAAACCAAAUCAUGGUUGCUGAAAGUACCAUGUGUGAGGAUUGACCGAGGCAUAACACACAGUUGUUAAACUCAAACCUCUAGAUUUGAAGCAUGACAUAGAAAGUUUCAAAAGAUAAUAAAUCUUUCUCUUUUUCAGGUUGCCCGUCCAAUCCGUCUUAUUCUUGACAGGUGGAUUUAUGAGGGUGAACUAGAUGAUUUGUAUAAUGAAGUAAGUACUCUUUAGUAACUAUGUGUAGCAGGCAAUAAUUUAUAUCAACUACAUGCAUUUACUAGCAGAGCCUAAGGGCCAUACAGAGCAAUAUUGGCUCAAGGUUGUAAGAGUACAAACCAAGCUACUGCUCAAGCAAGCAGGGUUAGUUAUUAGUAUUUGCAUCUCACUAGGACUAAACUUGUUUUGAAAAACAAACUUAACGAGGAAGUUUGCCACAGAUUUAUCUUUGCAAAUCUUAUUAAUUCACUAUAUCUCUAGAUAAGGUUAUGAUGAAGUAUUCUAGUUGUCAAUUUGGCAGCUAAUUUUCAGGAUUUGUUUGCCAAAGUGAAAAAUUUGGUCAUAUUGGCACCUGUAUUAGGUGCAAUUUCAUGCCUAGAGUAAAAGCUCAUUGUCCAGCAGUAGUCCCCUCCCCUUACCUCCCUCUUUCCACUGUUUAUUCAGUGUGACGGGUGCCUGUUUCCCUUUCCUAUGUGGGGGCUCAUUGCUGGGCUGCAAGGAUUUGCUAGCCACAGGAGCAGUUUCCAUCUAAGAGCUGGCUGCCAAUAGUGGAAUCCCCUGGAUGUCUUAGGCACCUAACCUCCACUUAGCCAUGCAGUUGUUAAAAACAGUUAAAUAAUAUUAUCUGCUAUGAUUUCUUAACCCUUGAACUCCCAGGAUCUGAUUGUUAAUUCUCCCCUCUAGCUGAUACACAUUUCCUUGCAAGUUAGUAACAAGAAUUUGGUGUUAGAUCAAGAUAAUAACUUUUACCUGACAAGUUUGAUUAUUCUCAUUACCUGUUUGCUGGCUAUUGACUGGAUAUUACAGGGAGAAGUUACAGGUUAAUCGCUUAUGAGAGUUAAGGGGUUAAAGCCCUCCAUUCACAUUUUCUAGUUCUUUGUUGCUGUGGACUACGACACUAAAGAUGACCGUCUGUGGUAUGAGAAGUACAGUAUCAGAAAACCGAUGUUGCCCUCAUUCAUUUCAAUGGAACUUGGAACAAAGGUAUGUUUCAAUGCAAAUGAUAGACAUACAAUUACAGAUGUCAUGAACUAGCAAAUGUUACUAAAGUUUAGAAGUUUAAAGUCACAAAAGUGUUAACUUGGAUUGAAGCCAUGAAAAUCUGGUAACAACAUACUGUAUCCUAGCACCCCAUGAUGGCAGUGGGGCACUGAGGCUAUACGCAAAAAAGGAAGCACUCUAUUAAGCCAUGAAUUGUUCAAGAAUAUCAAGUAAUUGUGAUGAGUUAAGGAAAUGUCAUUUCAUUUAUCCUAAGAUUCUAAACAUUGGAAAGUCUAUCAACUUCAUCCGAUGUGUUUGUCAAGAUCGAAGCCCAAUCAGCGGAGAAGAUGAGAAAGCUCUAGAGUAUGGCAGGUCACAAGAAGCAUCAGGUACAUAUUCAAAUCCUCUCUACCUCUGUAAGCAUUCUGAUCUGCUGGGGCAUUCUUAAGUUUAUCGAUAUGUAUCACAACAUCCUUCUGAAGUUUCUAGAAAUUUGUCAUUUGUGGUGAUCCAGGAUGACUAUGCUAAAGACUUGGCAUCCAAAGAAGAAGAUUGCUCUCAAGCUUGCUUUAAACUUCAGUUACAAUUUGGCUAUAAAGUUUUAAUUUUUUUUUAUUUUAGUAGCAAAUGAGGACUUGUAAAUGUAGGUCUUUUCCAUUUCGAACACUUCUUUGGGCUCCAUGUUGAACAGAAAAAAAAAUGCCAGUAAGUUGUUAAAUGUGGCUGAACCAAGAGAUGAGGUUACUCAGUUUUCCCAAUUUGACAGUGUUUUGCAUUUCUUUUUUAGCUACAGCCCAAUUAACAGCUGAUGAAGAGUUUGGAGGAACAGCCCUUGAGGAAACAGUGGACACAGCCUACAGGGUAACAAGCAAAAGACUGCUGGAGAUUUUCUUUUCCAAGUACAAGUUCCUUGAUCAUUUAAGGGUGAGAAAUACUUUAACCCACUAAUCAAUAAACAAUGGGAGCUGUAAUGAAAGGUGGUCCAGGAAAAAGUGGUUCUCGGAAGUAUUGACUGGACAUGGAAUCAUAUAGUCUUAAAUUUUUGGAUCUAUGAUAAAAUUAAUAAUACAUGACUCAUUAGAGAUCUAAUAGUGAGCGAUUCUUGAAAUUGCAUGCAGGAAAAAUGUAAUUACAAUUCUCAAAAUCCAACUGGUCACAAAACAUAUUUCUAACCAGUGCUAUCCAAUCAAAACUAUUCCAGUUUAUGUAGCAGGUCAGCAAAACAGGUCAGCAGAUCAAGCAGAAAAAAAAUAGUUUCAGAACAUUUUAAUGGGAAGGUGUCAUUCCUUUUCAACUGAAGAUCAACUUACUUAGCAAUUACGCCAUUCACAUAUCAAUCAGGGGGUUAAUUAUCAAAUCAAAUGUUAGUAAGGUUAAUGUUAAUUAAUGAAACAAAAGGGUUACCUGUUGGGAUACAAUUAUCUUUGUUUUACUCUGAUGCACAACAUAGGCCCUUCGACUUUAUCUUCUUCUGGGACAAGGAGACUUUAUCAGGCAUCUUAUGGAUCUUCUCGAGUAAGCUUUUUGCACAUGAUAUUGUUUUAUAAUUAUUUGUAGUUGGUUUAUUUUGAUUUACUUUCAAAAUUGUUUGAUGAAACGUUGAUUAUAUUUGUCUCCCUAUAGGUCUGACUUAGCCAAGGCAGCCAGUACACUUUACAUGCACAAUUUGACAGGUGUGCUGGAGACUGCCAUCAGAGCUACCAAUGCACAGUAUGCAGACCCUGAGAUUAUUGAACGCCUGGACUGUCGACUGCUUGAGGUAAGGCACCCAAAAAUUACAGGGUUAUAAAGAGCUGACCUUCAAUUCCAGAAGCUCUUUUAGCCUCCAAAGUAUUGAAAUACCAGAAAUGGCUAAAAGUCAAAGUCAGUGUAGAGGCCAGGUGACCUAUCCUGUCAGAGUUUGUCCCAGUUUCUGUAACAGAGUUGGCACCCAGUAUUUCAUCAGAUUUCCCUUAUUCAAACUCCUGGUCAGAUAGAGGCUUCUUGAUAGUGAAUUGUCUUUCUGAAGAUCACAACAUGUCUAGGGCCUAGCUGAGACCUUUUGAUGUAGAUUCCAGACCAUUUAGUUUUUGUAUCUACUCAGCUAUUAGGUAGAUUGUUUCAUUUAAAUCUUUGAGUGUAAAUUUUUCUGUGGUUAAAUUUGUACAUGUGAGCAUGCCAAUCCUCAAAACAUGAUCUAGAUUUAGGACAAAUCUUACACCUGAUUCGCAACUGUUGGGAAAAACUGUAAUCCGCGUGUUUAAGUUUUUUUUUUUUUUUUUUUUUUUUAAUUUCAUCACUGCCUAUCCAUUUGUUUGUGCAUUCACGCAUCCAUAAUUCCCAGGAAUCAAUAUCCGUACCUGAGAAAAUGCCCAUCUUCCCCUUCCUUAAACCAACCUUAACUUGUUAUCAGUUGACUGUUGUUGGGCUGGGGGAGCGGGUAGGGUUGUAGGUGCUCAGAUACUGACAUUGAUCCAUUUCUUGCUUGGCUUGACUGUUCAAAUGCUUCCCUUCAGGCUCAGUUUCUUCUCCUUUUUUCUUAAUUUUCAGGUGUCUCCUGGAGACACUGGCUGGGAUGUAUUUAGUCUGGAUUAUCAUGUUGAUGGGCCAAUCAGUACUGUAAGUAAACUGCGCUGUUAAAAAGUUCCCCACCCCCUUUGUUAUCUUGCAGUAACAAUUCAUCAUCAAUUUCAGGUUUUCACGCCAGAGUGCAUGAUCCACUAUCUAAGGAUCUUCAAUUUUCUGUGGAGAGCAAAGAGAAUGGAAUACUGUUUGACUGAAAUGUGGAAACAACAGAUGACAAAUCGCAAGAUGUUAAAAUCAUUGCCAGGUAAUUUGUUUCUUCGAUACAGUAACUAUUCAAUGCAAAGUUGCUUCCAUAAGAAACACUACUAGGAACUGAAGACACUUCUUUGGUUUCUCAGAAGUUUGUUUAGAACUCUUUUCAACACAGCUGUCAAACGUCGGGCAUGCGCGAGGGGGUCUAUUCUGACCGGCUGUUCGACAAUUUCCUGCGCAAAGUUUCAAAGUUAAAAAUGUCAAAACAACCGCUGUCUGGCAAAAUUAGCGAAAGAAAAUUGAAAAAUUCAUAGAAAUAUGUACAGGAGACAAACGUAGGUAAAAGUAAAACUUGAGACUUUUCGAUCUCAAAGCUUAUUCAAGUACAGAUAUCCUGUUGGUUUACCGUUCUUUUUUUGCGCUUUGAUAUUAUUAUUAUUGCCUUCAAAAAAUUUAUAAUGUGUUGUCUGUAUUUCUUCAACACACUUGACUAUUUUCAUUUUUAUUUUGACCAACAGAAGUAUCCCCCAUUCUUCACAUGUGCCACAUGAUGGGGACAGAGAUGAUUCAUUUUAUUCAUCAGAUGCAGUAUUAUAUCACAUUUGAGGUACACAAAUAUAGUGCACUGCUAUCCCUCUCCCUCUUUCCUCGUCCAAUUGCUUUUCCCCCGCACCUAACCGAUUAGCUAGUUGGGUUAAGUCAGAAGUCCAGCGAGGGGUCCGCGUUGCUCAAGUCAUGAGACGGCCAGGAGAAUUUCUACCUUUCCCCUCCCUGGAUGGGAAGCCAGUCCUUCUCAGAGUUACCCUCACCCUCAGAAUUUUGUUUGGUUUCGUUGACGGUUCGCCGGUGACCUGGUAGGCGAGGGAGCAAUGAGAGAUUAAAGUGUCUCGCCCAAGAACAUAACACAAUGACCCGGCUAGGUGUAGCACCGGAAUCCAGCGCGCUAGCGAUGUGUUUCCCUCUACCGUCUGGGUAACCUUUCACGCACUGUAUAUUCAGGAAUGAAGAUUGAAGUAUGACAUCUUCCUUGUCUAUUGUAUUCAGGUUUUGGAAUGUUGCUGGGCAGACCUGAAGAAACAAGUAGCGGAAGCCAGUGAUUUGGAUCAUAUUAUUGCUGCACAUGAAACAUUCCUGGACCAGGUUCUCAACCGCUGCCUUUUAGACGCCGAGUCAAGAGUAAGUUAUUAAGUUCUUCAUGGAUUAUAUAGAGCACUUUUCGGUUGAGUGUUGUAAAACCAACCACAACAGCCAAUCAGGAGAAAGGAAAAUACCUUCAAGAACCAAUGAGAACUGAUCAAACCGACCAAGCUGUCAAAAGCGCGGGAAAACACGUCAUCUGUCCUCUAUUGCAGAACAGAAAAUCUAUUUGUUAAAAUGUCAACACCUUUCUUCAUCUUGAGAAUUUUACUAUUUUGAACUAUUUUCAUCGUUUUCAUUCGAUGUGCUCAAGGUGUAUCACCUUUCGUUUCUCUACAGCCGAUGUUGACCCAACUGCGGACAAUCUUUGAUUUAAUCAUCCAGUUCCAGAAUGCUCAAGAGUCUUUCUUUUCUGCUGCAACCGCUGAACUACAGUCACGGCAGAGAUUGGAAAAAGCUGUGGAACUGCGAACCGAUGAGGUCAGAUCGUGCUUUGUUUCCCCUAACUGCCAAACUUCCUGAAGAAAUUAAUAUGUUAAGUUCUAUGACAACAUCGAUGAUUUAUUCAGUAAACACGAAUCCUGAAAAUUAAUUAUGGAUCAGUUAAUCGACAAGAGGCUGCUGUCGUGAAAAAGUCAGAUAAAAUAAUCAUGAAAUUCCUCUCAAUAAAUUUGCAAGGAAACGUUAAAUAGCGAAACUGAGAAAGAAGAAUUAGUAAUCAGACCUUGGCCAUAAAAGAAUUGAUGUGAGGACGGUUUAUUCCUUUACCACCACCCCCCCCUACAGGAUGGAUAUUCUCCGUACUGUUCUCUACUAUUCCUAUGUUACUGACAAGGAGAAUUUGUUAAACAAUCGAGAGCUUCUUUAGUUGGUGAUCAGUUCCCUUAUUCUUUUGGCCUGAACGUUUGUUUCGGGGGUGGUAGUGUGAGUAGAAAUAAAAUCUUAGUAUCUUAGGGAUUAAACGGUUAACCCUUUAACUCCCAAGAUCAGAUUGUUAAUUCUCCUCUCUAGCUGCUACACAUUUCCUCGCAAAUUAGUUAUGCGAACCUGGUGCUAGAUCAAGAUAGCAGCUUUUACGUGAUAAAUUUUAAAAUUCUCAUCACCUGUUUGCUGAAUAAUGUAUGGAUCAUAGGGAGAAGGUUCAUGUCAAUCACUUUUGGGAGUUAAACGGUUAAGGGAUUGAUGAAGGAUAGCUUAAUGAUAUAUUUUUUACUCAGUUAGACAGGUAGAGUUUCCAAAGCGUAUUUUUUAUUUUCCUUCGAACAGGGAGAGUGGGGUUUGACGGAAUGGGACGAGGAAGAGGAGAGAAAGCGAUCAGUGAAGUUUGUAGAUAACAUUAUUCCAGAUACUCGAGCUCAACUAAAAGUUUUGUCUAAGUCUUACCAGGUGAGGUUACGAUUACUGUGAAAAUAUAGAUUAGCGCCUAUUUGAAACUGCCAGUCUUUUUUAAUCCAUAAUGAUAGUUCACUUCCUCCAGAGCAAUUUUAAGACAAGUGUCAAAAGCGAUACGGUACUGCAAUAAUUUUGCAUUACUUCGCCCUGUGAUUGGUGCAGAAAAAGGUAAGCAUGCGCUCUAGACAGUUUUUUUUUUUACUUUUGGUUCUCAUUGACUCCUGGUAGAAUUCUCCUUCGUUCUGAUUGGCCAAUAGAACAGUAGUCAAUUGGGUGUCGAAAAACUAAAACCAAAGUCAUCCCAGCGACCAAAAUCAGGGCAAAAGUUUACACCAACAUUAACCAAUGAGAGCUCAGAGUGAAAACAAACAAACUGCUGAGGGCGUGGGAAAGCGGUUUUGAUUUUGCUUCUGAUUGGUGGAGAGAGUGGCACGAUUUUUUCAGGACCAAUCACAGAGCGAAGUAAAGCAAAAACAAACCAAUCCUGGAUUACUUCCAACACACCAUUGAAAAUUCCUUUGUGCGGAAUGCGCCUAUCUGAGAUAUUAACACUGAUUGUAAUAUUCUUUUCUUCCAGGAUAUGGUUCAACAGUUUCUUAUGAUGCUCACUAGUCACCAAGAUGUCAGCUUGAGGUUCCUUAGCUUUAGACUGGAUUUCAACGAACAUUACAAGAAGAGAGAACCCAAGCUGCGUAGUCCUCUCACGCACAGAUAUAGUAAACGUGUCAAGACACCAAUGCCCUAGAACUGCCUCUACCCCAAACUCGCUUCUAGAGCCUUCGUAACCUUUGUCCGGAGGAACGGGUGAAGGAGACUCUGGUCAAAUCCAGAAUUUCUCCUCAACUUUGAUUAGCUGGUAAAUCAAACAAAAACAGAAAUGCAAUGAGAAACUAGAUUCUGCGCAAAUUGAAAGUAACGGGUUUGACCAGAGCUUUACGGUUUGCAAACCAAGAGAAUUGUGGUUCAGGGAACGAUAUCACCUUCACAUUCAAUUUUUUUGACCUGUAGAUUUUCCAGAGCAGUUUUAUCCAAAAAAGAUAUGUAAUGAUCACGUCAUGGUUUCGAACUAAUUGUAAUUUAAAGGUUAAUGGGCAAAAGGAAACAGAUGCUGUAAAUGUCCUUGAAAGGAGAGGAGUGGAACCUCAGCGACUGCGAAUUUAGAAAACGUACCACUCGUAUUCGAGCGUGUUCUUAAUGACACAAUUAGAUCGUGUAUUAACAGUCAACUGCACGAGUGUGUUACAGUUUAACGUUGUGCAAGCUGAUGAAUUAUGUAUUGGCAUUGAAGUGUAGCAGAAGAAAUUUCUCUUUAAAAUACUUAAAUGCCGUGUUUAAAAUGUUAAAACAAUUGGUUGAUCAACUCGAAAUGCUUAUCGUUGUUCUCGACCACGAGUAAAACUCCAAACUUUCCACGUGCUUUCAGAUUUUGAUCUUCGCACGCUGAUGCAGGAUCACAUCGAGAAAUCAGUUACACUAGUGAGUUCGUGGAAAUGCUGACUAGAAGAUGUCUUAUGUUGUAAAAUACACUUAAUAUUUUAUUUCUACCCUCUAAAAAAUGAGCAAGUUCUUAGGGAGAAUAGUCAGUGGUUCAAAUUUUGAUUAAAGGGCUUCGCCGCGAGACUUGUCCGGCGCAGAAUUAACCAG